AUGAAUAUAACCCCCGAGCUCUCAGAAACUCACUACUUCGAGACCAAUCUACCACCGAGUACUCUAGCCGAACAUACAGCGCUUGCAAAUGCCUUUGUCAAGCAGCAUCAUGAUGCAAAGCGACCUGUCGUUCUUCUCACCUCAGGCGGGACUACAGUACCACUAGAGAACCAGACAGUACGCUUCAUCGAUAACUUUUCGGCCGGAACACGAGGAGCUACUUCAGCCGAGUAUUUCCUCUCCCACGGUUACGCCGUGAUCUUUCUACACCGACAAUUCUCGCUCCUUCCGUUCUCUAGACAUUAUUCCCAUUCGACAAACUGUUUCCUCGAUUUCUUAUCUGAAUGGGGGCGCAUCGGCGAGGACGAGGAGGAUGGUGGGAAGGCUGAGCAGGCAGCAACUCCAGAUGUAGUUGUGAAGGCCAAGUACCGGCAGGAAAUGUUGUCUGUGCUGAGGAAGUACCAGGAAGCCAAAAAAAAGAACCUACUUCUCCUACUACCGUUCACGACUGUGACGAGUUAUCUUUUCACAUUGAAGGCAUUGGCAUGCGAGAUGCAAUGCUUGGGAAAUGAGGCAUUGUUCUACCUUGCAGCUGCUGUAUCGGACUUCUUUGUACCUCCCAGCAGGAUGGCGGAACAUAAAAUUCAAAGUGGAGAUAUCCCUUCAUUAGGCGGUGACGGUUCUGGGGUUGGUGGUGGAAAGAAAUUAAUCGUUGAUCUGGAUCCUGUACCAAAGUUUCUGAAAAGAUUAGUGGAACAAUGGGCUCCCCAGGCAAUGAUUGUCUCUUUUAAGCUGGAAACCGAUCCCCAAAUGCUCCUCUCAAAAUGCAGACAAAGUCUUGAGCGUUACUCCCACCACCUUGUUAUUGGAAAUCUCCUCUCUACGCGAAAACGCGAGGUUGUCUUUGUAGACCGAGAGGGCAUUGAAUGGAUCCGUACACCAGAAGCAGGCCAAGACUCAGAGGAGGUUGAGAUCGAAAGUCUGAUAGUUCCCGCUGUUAUCCGAAAGCAUCAAGAAAUGCUUGAGAGACGGAAGACUGGUGCUAAAAAAUAG